AGUUAGUAAUCUCCUGCCUACUGAACACUCUAUUAUCGGGUCACCGAUAGACUGAUAACCGGAGCCAUGCGGGCCGUGCCAACCUGGAUAGACCGAGUGCAUGACCGGGAUAAAGUGGAGCAAUGUAUUUACGAUCUGGCUUUUAAACCUGAUGGGACACAGCUUAUUGUGGCGGCAGGAAACAGAGUUCUGGUUUACGACACUUCAGAUGGAACCUUGAUUCAACCAUUAAAGGGACACAAGGAUAUGGUGUACUGUGUGGCUUAUGCCAAAGAUGGUAAACGUUUUGCCUCUGGAUCUGCUGAUAAAAGUGUCAUCAUAUGGACGUCCAAAUUAGAAGGGAUUUUAAAAUACACGCAUAAUGACUCCAUUCAGUGCGUGUCCUAUAAUCCAGUUACCCACCAGCUGGCUUCGUGCUCUUCAAGUGACUUUGGUCUUUGGUCUCCAGAACAGAAAUCUGUUUCAAAACACAAAGUGAACAGUAAAAUCACCUGCUGCAGCUGGACAAAUGAUGGACAGUACUUGGCACUUGGCAUGUUCAAUGGUGUAGUGAGUAUCAGGAAUAAAAAUGGAGAGGAGAAAGUUAAAAUUGAACGUCCUGGUGGAUCGAUGUCACCAGUGUGGUCUAUCUGUUGGAACCCAUCCAAGGAUGAGCACAAUGACAUACUGGCUGUGGCAGAUUGGGGGCAAAAGCUAUCCUUCUAUCAGCUGAGUGGCAAACAGGUGGGAAAGGAUAGAACCUUGGGCUGCGACCCAUGCUGUGUCAGCUAUUUCUCUAAGGGAGAAUAUCUCAUUUUGAGCGGGUCAGACAAGCAAGUGUCCCUGUACACAAAGGAUGGGGUCCGCCUAGGAAUGAUUGGAGAGCAGAGCUCCUGGGUGUGGACUUGCCGGGUUAAGCCUGAUUCAAACUACGUGGUGGUUGGAUGUCAAGAUGGGACACUUGCUUUCUACCAGCUUAUAUUUAGCACAGUCCAUGGUCUCUACAAGGACCGCUAUGCCUACAGGGACAACAUGACAGAUGUCAUAGUACAACACCUCAUCACUGAGCAGAAAGUACGAAUUAGAUGCAGGGAGUUGGUAAAGAAAAUUGCCAUCUACAAGAACAGACUGGCCAUCCAGAUGCCUGAGAAAAUCCUCAUCUAUGAGCUGUACUCUGACGAUGUGUCUGAUAUGCAUUAUCGUGUCAAGGAUAAGAUUGUUAAAAAGUUUGAAUGCAAUCUCCUGGUGGUGUGUUCACAGCAUAUCAUUGUAUGUCAGGAGAAGCACUUGCAGUGUUUGUCCUUCAAAGGUGUGAAGGAGCGUGAGUGGAUGAUGGAGUCCUUGAUCCGGUAUAUUAAGGUUAUUGGAGGUCCAUCUGGAAGAGAGGGCCUUUUGGUGGGGUUAAAGAACGGACAGAUCUUAAAGAUAUUUGUGGACAACCUGUUUGCCAUCACGCUGCUCAAACAGGCGACAUCUGUACGGUGUUUGGAUAUGAGUGCCAGUCGAAACAAACUUGCUGUGGUGGAUGAACACAAUACUUGCCUAGUGUAUGACAUCACAACAAAGGAUCUCCUGUUCCAGGAGCCCAAUGCUAACAGUGUGGCAUGGAAUACACAAUGUGAGGACAUGCUCUGUUUCUCUGGAGGGGGAUUCCUGAACAUUAAAGCCAGUAACUUUCCUGUACACCAGCAGAAAUUACAAGGGUUUGUGGUGGGUUACAAUGGAUCCAAGAUAUUCUGUCUGCACGUUUACUCCAUGUCUUCUGUGGAUGUGCCCCAGUCUGCACCCAUGUACCAGUACCUGGAGAGGAAGAUGUUCCGAGAGGCCUAUCAGAUUGCUUGUCUCGGGGUCACUGACCUGGACUGGAGAGAUCUAGCAAUUGAGUCUUUGGAGGGGCUGGAUUUUGAGACUGCAAAGAAGGCAUUUAUACGUGUGCGUGACCUGCGCUACCUGGAACUCAUCCACAGCAUUGAGGAACGAAAAAAACGAGGGGAAACCAAUGAUGAUUUGUUCCUGGCCGAUGUGUAUGCAUAUCAGGGCAAGUUCCAUGAGUCAGCCAAACUGUACAAGAAGAGUGGGCAUGAGAACCGGGCACUUAAUAUGUACACUGACCUACGGAUGUUUGAGUAUGCCAAGGAUUUUCUGGGGUCUGGAGACCCAAAAGAGACUAAAAAUCUGAUCACAAAGCAGGCAGACUGGGCACGCAACAUCAGGGAACCCAAGGCGGCGGCUGAGAUGUACUUAUCAGCUGGAGAACACGUAAAAGCCAUUGAGCUGAGUGGUGACCACGGCUGGGUUGACAUGCUGAUUGAUAUUGCAAGAAAACUUGACAAGGCCGAGAGAGAACCUCUAUCAAAAUGUGCAUAUUAUUUCAAGAAACUGCAGCACCAUGGGUACGCAGCCGAGACAUACAUGAAGAUCGGAGACCUCAAGUCACUGGUCCAGCUACACGUUGCAACACAGCACUGGGAGGAGGCCUUUGCACUGGUUGAGAAAUACCCAGAAUAUAAAGAUGAGGUGUAUGUCCCCUAUGCUCAGUGGCUUGCAGAGAACGACCGCUUUGAAGAAGCACAGAAAGCCUUUCACAAAGCUGGACGCCAAGAUGAAGCCGUGAGAGUGCUGGAACAGCUUACCCACAAUGCAGUGGUGGAAAGCCGAUUUAAUGAUGCUGCCUAUUAUUAUUGGAUGCUGUCCAUGCAGUGCCUUGACAUUGCUCAUGAAAAUAAAGAGAAGCAGGACACGAUGCUGCAGAAAUUCCAUUAUUUUCAGCACCUAGCGGAGUUAUAUCACGUGUACCACUCAAUCCACAGAUAUACAGAUGAACCGUUCAGCUCCCACCUUCCAGAAACUCUGUUCAACAGUUCCAGGUUCCUGCUGCAUAGUCUCACCAAGGAGACCCCCCUUGGGAUAUCCAAAGUGAAUACUCUGUACACACUGGCAAAGCAGAGCAAAGCCCUGAAAGCAUACAAACUUGCUCGUCAGGUGUAUGAGAGGCUACAAGGUCUGCGGAUUCCCGGUAGAUUCCAGGAGUCCAUUGAACUGGGCAACAUUACUAUACGAUCCAAACCCUUCCAUGAUAGUGAGGAGCUGGUCCCCAUGUGCUACCGAUGCUCCACUAACAAUCCAUUCCUGAACAACCUGGGCAACGUCUGCAUCAACUGCAGGCAGAACUUUGUGUUUUCAGCCUCCUCGUAUGAAGUUCUCCCCCUAGUGGAGUUUUACCUGGAGGAUGGAAUCUCUGAAGAAGAAGCUGUGUCACUUAUUGACCUGGAAGCUCCAAGAAGCAAUCUGAAGAAAGAAAAAUGGCAGGAGGUCUCCUCUGCUGACACUCAAACCCUGAGGCUGGAUGAAGAAGAAAUGGUUGAUGAUGAUCCAUUUACUGCAAAAUUAAGUUUUGAGCAAGGAGGAUCUGAGUUUGUUCCUGUGAUUGUGAACCGCACAGUCUUGAGAUCAAUGAGUAGAAGAGACGUCCUGAUAAAACGCUGGCCACGGCCACUUAAGUGGCAAUAUUUCCGUUCCCUGCUCCCUGAUGUGUCCAUUACAAUGUGCCCCUCCUGCUUUCAGAUGUUUCACACUGAGGACUACGAGUUACUGGUUCUUCAGCACAACUGCUGCCCCUACUGCCGGAGACCCAUUGAAGAGUCCAGUCUAUAAAACAAGUCUUAGCAAAUGCUCCCACAAGCAACCACUACAAUGCAAUAAAAAAACAACAAAAGACACUCAACUGCAACAACACAACUUCACCUGGCAUUGGGCUACAACUCAGAUGACGCACAGCCAGCAUUAUGUGACAUGUGGUUCAGCAACUGAAGAGGAGGUUUGCUGUUGCCAAUUCCACAAAACACUAUCAUGCAUUUUAUUUAUUUUAUGUUUUCUAUCUUUCAUGUCUUAAUGACAUUAGUAAUCUUCAUUUCGAACAUUCCGCUUAGUGCUUUAAAUUGAACUCCACCCAAAUCUCUGUUUGAAAUGUUAUUUAGGCAUCUAUACAGUUGUAGUUAUCUCUCAUCACAACACUUACCAAAAGGUGAUUGUGUGGGAAGAUGACAGGUUUAUUGUAAUGAUCUGGAAACGUUAUCUUGUGUGUAGAUUUGUGGUGUAUUUUGUAGCUCUGCCUUGGAAGAGACGAUCUGCUUUAGAUACAGAAAAAGCAGAGAGUUCAUAAAAUAGUUUAUAACAGAUACAGAAAAAAAAUCUAGGGAUCUAUCAGAGUCAGAUAUUUAUACACAAAUCAGAAGACGAGAUUGCCUUUGCUAUACGUAAGUUUAAAAAAUCCAACUGGUUCAUUGGAAUAUUUACAACAAAUAUUUUUGUUAAAACAUACACAUGAAUUCAAGGUAUUUUUUUACAUUUGUAAUUACAUAUGUGUUUAUUUUUUUCUAUUUAUGGAUAUUAAAGGGAUUGCAGUUAAUAAA